AUGUCUCAGGAAGUGAAAGUCCCUCCAGCCUCCACAGAUGAAGAGAAGUCCAAUGCGGCUCAGGGAAAAACUUCAACCGAGUCAAGUUCUGUGGAAACACAAUCAGGGCAGAGAAGAGCAACACCUGCAUCAGUUGCUGGGAUGCCAAAUCCCUUUGAUUUCUCGGCCAUGACUGGACUACUUAAUGAUCCAAGCAUCAAGGAAUUAGCUGAACAGAUAGCAAAAGACCCUUCAUUUAAUCAGAUGGCCGAACAGCUUCAGAAAACCUUUCAAGGUGCUGCAGUUGAAGAUGGUAUCCCCAACUUUGAUACGCAACAAUAUUAUGCAACAAUGCAGCAAGUUAUGCAAAAUCCUCAAUUUGUGACCAUGGCUGAGCGGCUUGGAAAUUCAUUGAUGCAGGAUCCAUCCAUGUCCAGAAUGCUUGAGAGUUUGACAAAUCCAUCUCAGAAAGACCAACUUGAGGAAAGAAUGGCCCGUAUCAAGGAAGACCCCUCGUUGAAACCAAUUCUGGAAGAGAUAGAAACGGGUGGUCCGUCUGCUAUGAUGAGGUACUGGAAUGAUAAAGACGUUCUCCAGAAGUUGGGUGAAGCAAUGGGAUUUGCUGUUGAAGGAGAAGCUGCUGCAUCUGCCGACAAUGCUGCUGAUGAAGACGAAGCAGAGGAAGUAAAUGAAGAGGAAUCCAUUGUUCAUCGCACUGCUAGUGUUGGUGAUGUGGAGGGUUUGAAGAAUGCGCUAGCUGAUGGUGCUGAUAAAGAUGAAGAAGAUUCUGAGGGAAGGACGGCACUGCAUUUUGCAUGUGGAUAUGGAGAGGUCAAGUGUUCUCAAGUUCUUCUGGAGGCCGGGGCUAAGGUGGAUGCUUUGGAUAAGAAUAAGAACACUCCUCUCCAUUAUGCUGCCGGUUAUGGAAGGAAGGAAUGCGUGGAACUUCUGUUGAAGAAUGGCGCUGCUGUCACUCUCCAGAAUUUGGAUGGCAAGACACCUAUUGAUGUGGCCAAACUAAAUAAUCAGACUGAGUUUCUUGUAGUGCCAGCAGAUAUACCUGACUAG